UUAGAUGUCACUCGGAUCGCACAAUUAUUCUCCGGUACGAACACAUAUCACGUAAAUACAGUUGAAAAAUGGCAGACGAUGGAGAAAUUCCAAGAAAAUUAAAUGAUGAAUUUAACGAUGACGAUUUAUUUGCUUCGGCGAUUGAGAUUAAAGUGGAAGCCAAAGCAGACAUAUCUCUAGAAGAUGAUAGAUCAAAUGACUUGUCUGUUGUAGAAGAGCAAUCUAAUAAUUUGUCAGCAGCCGAUGAAAUAGAUCUGAACUCUGAUAGUGAAUUCAAGGAUGAUGUUGAUGAUACAAAUGCCAAGCAUGAACUCAGAUCUGAGCCUGAAGAUAUAUUCGAAGAUAUUCCAGAACCAAAAGAAGUGAAGAUUGAUGCAACACCUGUUCGGCCAACCUUAGAGACAUCAGUAACAUCACCAAGAACACAGAGUUACAGCAAUUAUGUUGGGACCACAAUUGAGGAGGAAAAAAUUGUUCCUGAAGAGAGUGAUAAAUUCAUAACAAUUAGUGUUAAAGAUCCUCAAAAAAUUGGUGAUGGAAUUUCUUCCUUCCUUACUUACAACGUUGUGACUCGCACCAACAUUGGACUAUUCAAGAAGAACGAAAUGACUGUAUCUCGACGUUUUUCGGAUUUUCUUGGACUGCACGAUAAACUUGCUGAAAAGUACUUACACAAAGGUCGCCUGGUGCCAGCCCCUCCCGAGAAGAAUGUCGUUGGUACUACCAAAGUCAAAAUGGCAGGUGGUCAAACUGAACAGGAAGGCAAAUUACCGGAAUUUGUCGAGCGUCGAAGGGCUGCCCUUGAACGUUAUCUGAUCCGAACUGCUAUCCACCCAAUUUUUCAAGUAGAUCCUGAUUUCCGGGAAUUCUUAGAAUGCGAAGACGAAUUGCCACGUGCAUCGAAUACCUCGGCUCUCAGUGGAGCAGGUGUACUAAGGCUUUUUAACCGCAUGGGUGAGACCGUGACUAAAAUUGCUUUCAAGAUGGGUGAAUCUGAUCCUUGGUUUGAAGAGCGUCAUCAGCAACUUGAGACGCUAGAAUCCCAAUUUCGCCGGCUACAAGCGUCUCUGGAGGGUUUAUAUAGUCAUCGACGCGAGUUAGCGUACGCCACUGCUGCUUUGGGGAAAGGAUUGGCUUUGCUGAGCAAUGGCGAGGAUCAUGCAGGUUUAUCCAGAGCCCUAGCUAAGAUGGCCGACCUUCACGAUAAAUUAGAAGGCGUUCACAACGACCAGUCAAAUGCGGAUUUUUACAUUUUGCACGAACUUAUCAAGGACUAUCUGGGGCUGUUGGGUGUUGUAAAGGAUGUUUUUCACGAGCGUGUUAAGGCUUUCCAGACGUGGCAACAUGCUCAGCAAAUGUUGGCCAAAAAACGGGAAGCGGUUGAUCGAUGGGAAUCGACUGGUCGUUCCGAUAAAGUCGCGCCUGCUAAAGAUGAGGUUUUAGAGUGGGAGGCCAAAGUUAACCGCAGUCAAGAGGAGUUUGACAGUAUUUCUAAGGCGAUCAAGAAAGAGCUGGAACGCUUCGAUCUCCAACGCGUCAAGGAUUUCAAAGCAGCUUUCAUUUCUUAUUUGGAAGCGCAGAUGAAAGCUCAGGACAAAAUCAUUGAACAUUGGGAGACGUACAUGCCCGAAGCCAAAGCUAUCGCUUGAAGGAGCACCGAUCGACUGAUCAUCCCAAAAAGACGGUGCUGCGCUGCGCUUUCUUAUCACGGUGUCUCUCGUUCGUCGUCAAUGUUCUCUUCUUAUUCAUUUCCAUGGCUAUUUGAGAAGCCAACUAUUCUGUGUGAAUCUUCGUUUCGUUAUCCAAGUUAAACAAUUCCGUUACGCGACAUUCUCUAUAUUCCUUUUUUUUCUCGUUGUAAAGGACUAGUGUGCCUUGCGUGAUUUGGGAUGUGCAUUCCCUUCUGCUUCUUCCCGUCUUUUUUACCCUCCCCUCUCACCCAUCCGCUACCACAUCCAAUCAACCGAGUGUCGUCAUAGCAACGAGAACCCAUAUGCUUUCCCGACCCCUCCUAUUUUUGCCCCUUCCUCUUCUUCCGUCAUCAAAUACUCUUUAAAACCAACACGAAGGUUUAUUUUCCCGUUAGUUUUUUUUUGCCACUGCUUUACAUAAAAUCUGAAGCGGCAUAAAAAAAUGUAUUACCGUUCAUGUGAAAAUUAUCGAUUAAAUUGUUCAAGUUGGCUCGA